AUGUAUGAAGCAGAAUAUGCAGACUAAACACCUGUAGAGGAUGGGCUUGAAGAUGUUGAAGUUGUUGUUAGUAAAGAGAGGCGCUAUUAGUAAGAAUUAUUGUUGGUUUAUAAUUAAAAAGAAAUUGAGUAUAAAUAAUUGAGGGAAUAUUAGAAACAAAUUAUAUAUAAUAUCUAAAGGAUUAGGGAGAAGGAAUAUCAAAAGGAAGUAUUAUUGGUUGAUCCAUAUCUAUCGGAAUACAUAAAGGAGCUUGAAGAAUAAUAAUUAUAUGAUUUAGAUUCCUAAAAGCAAGACAUUAAAGCAGAUAAGUAGAGCAGAAUUGAUCAAUUGAAAUAAAUACAAUAGGCUAAGAAUUCGUUAAAAUUACUAUUUACACAAACAGAAAUCUCUAGUCAUUCGUAAAUUUUAUACAAAAAUAUGUUGGAGAAUUUCAAUUAAGAGUUGUUUUAAUAUAUGUAAGAGAGAGCUGAUUUAGAAGAUGAAUAAUUUGAAUUUGAUAAGCGCCUUAAAAGUUUACGAGCUCAAAUUAGGUAACAGAAAAGAAUUAAAAAUUAAUCUAAUAGAUAGAAAAUAGUAAGUAGGGUGAAUGAAUCUUCUAUUUUUUUUUGCAUUUAUUUAAAGAACUGUAUUUCCAUGCACCUCAUAAUUUAUUAUUUCAAGAACCAAGUAAUAAACAGUAUUUAUCCUUGA